AUGUUUAAAAGAAAUCGGGGAGGCUUUUCAAAAUUUGGCAAUCGUAAAAAUGAUAAGAAACCAAAUUACUUUCAGUCAGAAAAUGAAGCGCCCUUGGACGUUGAAAGCGCUUUGUCAGAGUCCAACCAAAAUCGUUAUAAUCGUGCCAAAGCCAACGAUGUUAUGGAUAGGCGCUAUGGUUUCGAACAGUUUACUGGACCUGGCGAACGCUUUGGUUGGUUAAUAAAUAUGCACCCAACAGAUAUUCUCGAUGAAAAUAAAAAUCUUGUCAGUGCUGUCGAUUUCUAUUUUAUACAGUCCGACGGUGGACGCUUCAAGGUUUCUCGACCUUAUCUUCCAUAUUUCUUCAUUUCUGUUAACGGAGAUCGUGAUGUUGAAUCGGAAGUAACCACUUUCCUGACACGAGAGUUUUCUGGUCGAAUUGUCAAGAUUGAGGUUGUCGAGAAGGAGGACCUUGAUAUGCCUAACCACUUGAUUGGUUUGAAGGCACGCUAUCUAAAGCUUUCUUUUAAUUCUGUUGAUGAAUUAGUUCGAGUUCGAAGGGAAAUCGCCAGUCGAGUUAAGCGCAACAAAGAAAUUCAGAGUGAUAAAUCAACUUAUACUGAUAUGCUUGGUGAACACUUUCAAGACGUUAGUGAUCCUGCAGCAACAAGUACCCUGCCUAAAUCGAGAACAGUCAAAGAUGCCUACGACUAUCUUACAGAUCUUCGAGAAUAUGAUGUUCCAUACUUGAUGCGAGUAUCUAUCGAUUUGGGUAUUUUUGCAGCUCAUUGGUAUACAGUUAAAUGUCGACCUGGUCAAUUACCUGAAUUUCAACGUAGCGAGGAAACUGUAGCGUGGCCAGAACCGGUUGUCUUAGCUUAUGAUAUUGAAACGACUAAGCUUCCUCUCAAAUUUCCAGAUUCUUCUAUUGAUCAAAUCAUGAUGAUCUCUUACAUGAUCGAUGGUGCCGGUUUCCUUAUUUGCAACCAAGAAAUUAUUGCUGAAGAUAUUGAAGACUUUGAAUUCACUCCGAGACCAGAAUUUCCAGGUCAUUUUCAAGUUUUCAAUGUUGCUAACGAGGAGGCCGUGAUUCGCCAUUUCUUCGAUCACAUUCUUCAAGUUAAGCCUACUGUUAUGGUUACUUACAACGGUGACUAUUUCGAUUGGCCAUUUGUAGAGGCUCGUGCAGCCGUCUAUAAUAUCAGUAUGGCGGAGGAAAUCGGUUUUUCUCGAAUGAAAGGAGGACCUAGUCCUGGAAGAGAUGGUAACUCUGGCGAUUAUCUUUCUCGCUCUGCUAUCCACAUGGAUUGUUUCCGGUGGGUCAAAAGAGAUAGUUAUCUACCUGUCGGUGCCCAUGGCCUGAAGGCCGUUGCUAAGGCAAAACUCAACUAUAACCCCAUUGAAAUGGAUCCGGAGGUUAUGUGCUUAAUGGCAAGGGAAGAUCCCCGAACUCUGGCUAAUUACUCAGUUUCAGAUGCUGUAGCAACUUACUAUCUCUACAUGAAAUACGUUCACCCCUUUGUUUUCGCUUUGUGCACAAUUUUGCCGUUGAAUCCGGACGAUGUACUAAGAAAAGGAUCUGGAACACUAUGCGAAGCACUCUUGAUGGUUCGAGCUUAUGAAGCGAAUGUCGUUUUUCCUCAUAAAAAAACCUCUGACACUCUUAAUGAUGGCAUAUUUAGCGAAUCUGGACUACGUUACUCCUUUACUGAUGAUAAUAAACUAAUUGACUCAGAAACUUAUGUCGGUGGUCACGUUGAAGCUCUUGAAGCAGGUGUUUUUCGUGCCGAUAUUCCGGUUCGUUUUCGACUGGUUCCGGCUGCUUGCAAACGCCUUAGAGAUGACGUAAGAAGGUGUCUGACUGAAACAAUUUCUCUCGAAUUAAAUGCAAAAGAUUCCAGCUUGGUUGAGAGUCUAGUUGAUUCCAAGAGUUUCGAUGAAGUGUGCAGUCAAGUUGAGGCCACAUUAGAGGAUUUGUCGGAGAUGCCUUCACGCGUGGAGUGUCCUCUUAUUGUCCAUUUAGAUGUUGGUGCUAUGUACCCCAAUAUUAUUCUCACUAACCGACUUCAACCGUCAGCAGUUACGGCGGAUGCCGAUAAACAUUGCUCAGGUUGUCAUUUCUACAAACCCGGCGCAAAUUGCCAACGAUUCAUGACAUGGCAAUGGAGAGGAGAACUAUGGACAGCUUCUAGGGCUGAAGUAUACCGAGUUCAGGCUCAAUUACAACAGGAAAAGUUCCCUCUGAAAGGUGAACCCUUUCCUGUACCCUUCCAUAAGCUUCCCAAGGAGGAGCAAAUCGCCGUUGAAAAGAAACGUCUUGGUGAUUUCUGCCGUCGAGCUUAUAAGAGAAUUCAUAUCACUCGAACAGAGGAGAGAACAGCAAUGGUAUGCCAACGCGAAAAUUCCUUUUAUGUCGAUACUGUGCGAGCAUUUCGUGAUCGACGAUACAAAUUCAAGGGCCUGACGAAAGUCUGGAAGCGCAAAUUGGAUGAGGCUGUUAGUGCAGCAAAGGCUGGAACCGGGGAUCCAGCAGACGUGAAGCAGGCCAGUUCUCUUUUAGUGCUCUACGACAGUCUUCAACUAGCUCAUAAGUGUAUUCUCAAUUCCUUCUACGGAUAUGUGAUGCGUCGAGGCGCUAGAUGGCAUUCCAUGGAAAUGGCAGGAGUUGUGUGCCAUACUGGAGCUAAUAUUAUCACAAGAGCUCGUGAACUUAUUGAACAGGUUUGUGAAUCAUUUGUGCUGAGCUUAUACUAA